CCUGGCCCUGCUGACGUAACCCAAAAUAUGCCUACAUUUCCCAAUCGAGUCAACGGCCUGACUUUAUAUACCCUACAUUGUCCCCAGACACCUUCGUGAAUUUCUCCAUCAUCGACUGUAUUACACUCCGUAGGCAAAGUUCAGUUAUCAGACCAACUCCAACAGCAACCCAUACCAUGGACGUAGAGCUGUACGUCUACGACCUCUCCAAGGGUCUCGCCCGCCAGUGGUCCCUUCCCCUAACGGGAACGCACAUUGAUGCCAUCUACCACACCGCCAUCGUGCUCAACGGCGUGGAAUACUACUUUGGCCAUGGCAUCCAAACAGCCUACCCGGGGAGCACACACCAUGGACAGCCCAUGGAGAAAGUCCAUCUCGGCCAGACAGAACUGCCCCCAGAUGUGAUAUCCGAGUAUAUCGAGUCACUGGGAGAAAUCUACACCCCAGAGUCCUACGACCUCUUCCUCCACAACUGCAACAACUUCACCCAGGACCUCGCCAUGUUCCUCCUGGGCAAGAGUAUCCCAGAUCACAUCCGCAACCUGCCCCAGACCUUCCUCAGCACGCCCUUCGGCCAGAUGAUCAAGCCGCAAAUCGAAGCCGCCCUGCGCCCCGUCACCCAGGCCCCCAGCACCGGCGUACCAACCCAAACUCCAACACAAGCACAAGCACAAGUACAAUCGCCGAACAAAGUCCACCACGUCACCAACCUCACGCAACUCAACCACGAACUCAACCAGGCCCGCCACUCCGCCGCAAUCAUCUUCUUCACCUCCGCCACCUGUCCGCCCUGCAAAGCCCUCUACCCGCUGUACGACGAACUAGCCGAAGAAGCAGGAUCCAAGGCCACGCUGAUCAAAGUAGACAUCAGCAGUGCCUACGACGUGGCCAUGAAAUACGGCAUCAAGGCCACCCCAACAUUCAAGACCUACCUAAAGGGCCAGGAAACAGAGACCUGGAGCGGUGCAAACGCAUCCCAACUCCAGGGCAACAUCAGACUGCUCAUCGAAAUGGCCAAUCCAGCACAUCCGCACCGCAAACUCAACCUUCCGACCUUCCAACGCCCCAUCCCUGCCUCAUCAUUCAUCCACUACAAGAACAUACCACCCCUGGACAAACUACUCCAGAAACUACCCCGGGAAACCCAACCCAACAACACCCUCACCUCGAUCACAACCUUCAUAACCAACUCGAUCAAAUCCAACGAUCCACGAGAAUCCCCCUUACCCCCAGACCUCCCAACAUACCCAACUUACAUCGAAUCCCUCCUCAAGGAAACGCCCAGUGACGCUCACUUCGCAAUCAUAGACCUAACAAGACUCCUAACCCUCGACCCCAGAGUCGCCUCAUAUUUCUUCUCCUCCCACACCCCCCCUUCUACACUCUUAUCCCUUCUAUUGCAAAAGGAAGAACCCCCCCAGGAAUCUAAAUCGGCUUACACUAAAACCCUAACCACCCUCCACCUCCUCACAAACCUCCUCCUCACCUCCCCUCACCUCCCAACAACCACGAUCCUCUCCACCCCCUCCCUCCUCACAAGCACCCUAUCCACCCUCACCUCCUCCCUCUUCCACAGCAGCCCGAAAAUCCGGUGCGCUGCCGCCUCCCUCGCCUACAACCUCACCGCCCAGAACCAUAACUCCCGGAUCGACGGGAAGGGGGACCUCAUCUCCGAGGAGGACCAGGUUUCGCUGGUGGCGGGGUUGAUCGAGGCGAUCGCGAACGAAGAGGAGAGUGGGGAGGCGUUGAGGGGGUUUUUGAUGGCGUUGGGAUUGGUGGUUUAUGAGUGUGCUGUGGGUGGGGAGGUGGAGGAGGUUUGUCGGGUUUUGGGGGCUAGGGAGGUUGUACUUGGGAAGAAGGGGAAGGGAGAGUUGUUGUUUGGGGGAGGAGGGGAGAUGGUGAAGUUGUUGGAGGGGUUGAUUGGGGAGGUGGCGGGGUUGGUGGGGUUUUCUUGAGUAUUGUGGACGGUGUACUAUGUACUAUGUACCAUGUACGGAGUAUGAGUAGAGAGUCUAGAGUCUGGAGUCUAGAGUAGAGAAGGCUUGUUUGGGG